AAACUCUGAUUUUUCCUUUUUUUUUUUUUUAAGUUUUUGGGGUGUUUUAAUAGAUACGGUUAGUGAGAAUUGAAUUUUGUGAGUACACGCAAAUGGUAGCUGAAGAAUCCGCAACGGCAAACCCCAAACAGCACGGAGGAGGGCCACCACAUCAAAAUCCGUCACGGCCUCCGUUAUUGCCUUCCGACCCCGACAAUGCCAUUGCUCCACGCCGUCGAAAGUUCCGAGAAGUCACUUCUCGUUAUUUGUCCCCGUCGUUGCCGUCCUCAAAUUCUUCGAUGCCGUUGUCAUCUUCUUCUGCGGCUUCCUCUAAAUGGUGUCCGUCGCCGUUGGUUUCGAGGACUUCUCAUUCGACGGCCGUUUCGACGCCAACGCACGCGAUUCCAUCGGCUAUCAAGCGGUCGCCAUCAGUGGAGAGGAUACAGGCGGCGACGCCGGGGCCUAACAAUUCUAUAGAUUUGAAAACUAGUAACGGUAACAAUAACAACGGCGAAUUAUCCGCUGCUCAGAAGUUGCUAUUCACCUCGACGAGAAGCUUAUCCGUUUCGUUUCAGGGGGAGUCGUUUGCCCAUCAGUUUAGCAAAGCUAAACCAGCUCCAUCUCCCAGCGCGACAAGAAAAGGCACACCGGAGAGGCGGAGGCCAACGGCGGCAACAACGACUCCGGGGAGAGGAACAGAUCAAAUAGAGAACUCAAAGACGGAGCGGUUGCCAGUAAGGUUAAGGCAACCGAAUUCAGUGAGUAGAAGCAUGGAUUGCACCGACGAGAGGAAGAGAUUAAACGGAUCUGUUAACGGCAAUGUAGUUAGGGCACUACAAAAUUCCAUGAUUGAUAACAGGGAUUUAACUGCCGUUACGGCCGUUGGAUUUGAGGCUCACUGUGACCUGGCGGCUUCUGAUACUGAAAGUGUUUCUUCUAGUAGUACUUCAGGAGCUCUAGAAAGUUCUUGUAACGGGAACGGAGACGUUAAACGUGGGCCUCGGCGGAUAAUGGUCCCGGCUCGGUUCUGGCAAGAGACUAAUAAUCGGUUACGCCGCUCCGAUCCCGGCUCGCCGGUUUCUAAGAAAAAUACUGCGCAGUCCAAGCUAAUUGCACCAGACAAGUUCGGAAUUGAUAGUCCUUUGUCAUCUCCCAAAGGUGUAGGGAAUAGCAGAGGACAGUUAUCGCCAAUUCGUGAGCCUGUCCGCCCUGCAUCACCGAGUAAGGUUGGAGCGUCCUCAACUUCGUCUCCUUUGAGGGGAGUGAGUCCCACUAGAGUGAGGAAUGGGUUGGGUGGUAAUUUGGUAAAUACACCGUCGAUUUUGAGCUUUUCUGGUGAUGUUAUUAAGAUGGGUAAGAUUGGGGAGAAUAAGGUUUACGAUGCUCAUUUGUUGAGGCUACUUCAUAACAAGCUGUUGCAGUGGCGUUUUGUUAAUGCUAGAGCAGAUGCUGCUCUGUCUUCCCAGAAGUCUAAUGCAGAGAAAAGCCUCUAUGAUGCGUGGAUAACCACUUCAAAACUGCGAGAAUCCGUUAGAGCCAAAAGAACUGAGCUACAGUUGCUGAGGCAAAACUUGAAGCUGAGUUCCAUCCUCAAGGGGCAAAUGGAACUUUUGGAUGAAUGGGCUGUCUUGGACCAUGAUUAUUGCAGUUCUUUGUCUGGGGCUAGUGAAGCUUUGAUGGCUAGCACGCUCCGCCUUCCAGUUGUUAGCGGGGCGCGGGUAAAUUCCUUCUUCCAACCUUUUCCAUUUUCAUUUAAGAUGUGGCAUCUCAGCUGCCAAUGCAGUAGCUUGCUUGCGUCUCACAAGAAACAUCUUGCUCGUCUCGUCAUUUUACAGGCUGAUGUCCCAAAAUUGAAGGAUGCAAUUUGUUCAGCAGUUGAUGUAAUGCAGGCAAUAACAUUCUCCAUAUGCCCAUUGUUAUCAAAGGUUGCAACAGUCAGCUCUUUGGUGGCAGAACUUGGAAAUUUAAGUGUAAAUGAGUUCGCUUUACUGGAUCAGUGCGAAGAACUUCUGCCAACAAUUGCAGCCAUGCAGGUAAAAAUAUCCUCGUUUUGUUUGAUUAGAGGAAUUGCCAUACAUAUAUAACUUUUUUUAACCUAACUAUUCUAAUCACCAGGUGAAAGAAUGUAGUCUGAGAACACACAUUUUACAACUAGAUCGUUGACCUUCCGGCUUGUGAUUUCACUGCCUUCCUCUUAUACUAACAUGACAUCCAUCAACCCCUAUUUCCAUUUCAUCCGAAUUUAAGGUUGUUAAAGGUAAUAAGAAACUUUUCAAUGAUCGAUUGAGUUUUACAAGCAUAAGAAUUAUCAUUCAUUUUGGUCUUUUUGUUUUGAUAAAUGAAAAUUUAGCUUUACGUCCAAUUAUAGUUGAUGGUUCCUUAAUUAAGUUUUGUUUUUCUUUGUGUUCAUAUAAUGAACGGUGUGUAAUCCUCUGUAUCUGGUCAGAAUGAAAACUACUUACA